CCUUCUAUAUACACCUAUAAAAAUAUAUCAGUAUGACCACACAAUUAUUUCCCAUUCAAAACUCACAAUGAAUCAGAACCAAAAACAGGAGGAAAUCAUAUUGUCUGGAAAGGAAGUUCAACAACUUAUGCAAUGUCUUCCGAAGGCUACCUUCGUCGGCAGCAAGAUAAUGAAAUACCAAGGUUUCUGGUACCAUGAUAACCAUAUCCAAAAUGUCCUCGCGUUUCAAAGACACUUUCAGGCUCGAGACACCGACCUUAUCAUUGCUAGCCUCCCCAAAACCGGUACCACUUGGCUGAAAUCCCUACUAUUCGCGGUUGUUAACCGUGCCCACUACUCCACAAAUCAUCACCAAAAUCCUCUGCUCACGAACCAUCCUCAUGAGCUUGUGUACAGCCUAGAGACUGAUGUUUAUAGUAAGGCCUUUGUCUAUCCUCACCCACACCAUCUUAAUGAGCUUUCCUCUCCAAGACUUUUGAGCACACACCUGCCCUACGCGUCACUUCCUGAAUCUAUCAAGAAUUCUGGGUGUCGGAUUUUGUACAUCACCAGAAAUCCCUUGGACACGCUUGUUUCUCUAUAUUAUUUUUCAAUGAAAGUGAUGAAGAAGUACUUUUCCAUGGAUGUUAUGAAGAUGAUAUUGGGUAUGUUUUAUCCUACUCCCAGUAUGGAGGAUUUCUUCGAAGCUUUUUGUGAGGAUCGAAUCCCUUUUGGGCCAUUCUUUGAUCAUGUUGUUGGGUAUUGGAAGGAGAGUUUAGAGCAACCUGACAAGGUGUUGUUCCUCAAGUAUGAAGAAUUGAAGGAUGAUCCCACGAUUCAGUUGAAGAGAUUGGCUGAAUUUGUGGGUAUGCCAUUUACUUCCCAAGAGGAAAGUGAAGGUGUCAUACAACAAAUUAUAGAUAUGUGUAGCAUCAAGAAAAUGAAAGAAUUGGAAGUUAACAAGACGGGAGUAAUCAACAAGCUAUUUGAGAAGAAGACAUACUUUAGGAAAGGGGAGGUGGGAGAUUGGACUCACCAUUUCACAGCUCCCAUGGUGGAGAAGAUGAAGAAACUUAUGGAAGAAAAACUUGAAGGCACUGAUUUAUCCUAUAAAUUACUUUCCUAAUACCAAUUAUUUUGUUUACAAUAAUUGUCCAUUAACUACUGUUUUUCUGUAUUUCCAAUGUUUUAUUUCUACUAAAUUUAAUGAAUUCUCAGAUAAUCUCUUUGUACA